AUGACUGCAGAUGUUGGAGAGCUGGUAGCGUCUACAAAGUUCUCAAGUAUUAACAAACUAGGGGCAUAUGCAUACAAGAACACGCUUGUCGAAACGGUAGUGAAGCCGCAUGAUCCUAUGUGCGAGCUUGCCAUACUUAAGAAGUUACAAGACCCUGGCAGCCCAUAUGUAAUUGAACUGGUCUCUUCUAAGGUCUCUCAGGGAGUGGUAACUCUUGGCUUUCCUUACUACAAGCAAAAUAUGUAUGAAUACAUGCGUGCUCAGUAUCAAAAGCGCCGGUGGAACCCUUACCUGCUGGCUACCCAAGAGCAAAGCACUCUACAGCUGUCUAAUAAGUUGGAUGCUAAUCUCGCGGUCGAGUAUUUUAGGCAGCUUGCGCAUGCUCUGGCAUAUAUUCAUUCAAAGAAGGUAAUUCAUCGCGAUAUAAAGCUACAAAACGUUAUGGUAGAUACAGAGGCUGGGGAUAACGCGCCUCACCUUGUUUUGAUAGAUUUUGGGAUUUCAUAUGACCUUGACAACCCGCAGGAGCCCGCAGAUGCUAAAAUUACCGAUGUUUCGACAUCGAUUUACAAAGCACCCGAACUUCUGUUUAGUGUCAAAAACUACACAUACGCGGUUGACAUUUGGGCGCUAUUGGUACUUGUAUCUCAGCUUCUUCAGUCUAAUAGUACGAGCGAGAGAUACGUCCCUGCUUUCGUGGAGGACGGCUCCGAAGGAUCAAACCUUGGGAGCGACAUCCGGUUGAUUUCCUCGAUUUUCGAGCAACUAGGCACACCAACAUUGGAACAAUGGCCGGAGGUACGUGACCGUGGCUCUCCCGCAUUCGCUGGUAUGUUUGGAACUUCGGGAGAUGGUCGGUACGUUUUAAACCGAUCAAAACCAGAGUGUUUUGACGCUUGUAUGCGCCUUUUCCCGAAGCUUGAGGAGCUGAGCGAGCCCAUAAGAUCCAGUGUGAUUGAAUGCUUGCUUAGGAUGAUGCCGUUUGAAUCCACUGAGCGAGCGACCGCGAGCGAGCUUGUUGACUUGCUUGCAGAAUGCCAAACGUGA